AGCAUUGAGGGCAACGGCAGCGUCCGUGGCGACGAAGCCGGGUGUGCUGUGCUGCCGUGCGAUGAUGAUCGUGCCUUCGGGAGCGAUGGUGUCUCUGCUGCCCCUCGUGGUGCUGCUGGCCGCCUGCCGGCCCGGAUACGGAUACACCGGAGCCUGCGACACCUGCGGGAUGAGACCUAUGGCUUAUCAGUACAGCAGCAUGCGAGUGGUGGGGGGCUCUGCAGCCCGGCACGGUAACUGGCCGUGGAUUGUCAGUAUCCAGAAUUACCACUCUGCGGGUACGGGACACAUGUGCGGAGGGCCCUCAUCACCCGCGUGGGUCUCAGCGGCUGCUCAUUGCUUUCGGACAUCCCAGUGA